GUUAUGCUUUUCCAAUUUUAUAACUUUUAACUGUAAUUCGAUUUGAUCGCAAGAACACAUAAACGACGUCGCAUCGGUUGCUUUGUUAGUGCUCUGUUAAAUACGCACGCAUUUUCUCGAGAACGUUUCAGUCUGGUCAAAUCGUUCGCUUUCACAUGGCGUCGCUUCGGUCUUUUAUUUGCUUGGUUAUAUUACAUCAAAACUACCAUUUUUAGAGGCUUUAUUUUUUUUUUAAGUAUGAUAUUUAUGACAAACCAAAGAAGAGCAGGGAUCAAUCAUUCAUAGGGUCAGAUAAACCCGAAGAUAAUACUUACCCAGAUAUUGCAGUUUUUGAUACAACAUCGGUUAGGGAAUCACCAUGUCAAGUAAAGUAAAGCAUAGUUAUUUGCCUGGUCACAUGCUAUAGCUUGUUGGGGAUAGUGGAAUGGAAAGGAGAAGAAUAGAUGAUUAUGAGCCGGGUCCAGUUCCUUCACCUCGAGCAGUAGAUAGAUUUGGUUUUGUGAAGCAGGAACAAACUAGUUAUCCUGAGAUUGCAAUUAAGAGCAGGUCAGCCAUUGAAUUUGAGAGGGAGGAAAGACGAGUUAGAAAAUGGAGAAAAAUGAUUGGGGUUGGAGGGAGUGAUUGGAAGCAUUAUGUUAGGCGUAAACCUCCUGUGGUCAAAAGGCGUGUAAGGAAAGGAAUUCCUGAUUGUUUAAGGGGUCUUGUUUGGCAGUUGAUCUCUGGAAGUCGGGAUCUUUUGCUGAUGAACCCUGGUGUUUAUGAGCAACUAGUUAUAUAUGAGACAUCAGCUUCAGAACUGGAUAUAAUUCGGGAUAUUUCACGUACAUUCCCUUCUCAUGUUUUCUUCCGCCAGAGACAUGGACCUGGUCAAAGGUCUCUUUAUAAUGUUUUGAAGGCAUAUUCUGUAUAUGACAGAGAUGUUGGAUAUGUUCAGGGAAUGGGGUUUCUAGCUGGUCUUUUACUUCUUUACAUGAGUGAAGAGGAUGCGUUUUGGUUAAUGGUUGCAUUAUUGAAAGGAGCUGUACAUGCCCCUAUGGAAGGAUUGUAUCAGGCGGGGUUACCUCUUGUGCAACAGUACUUGUAUCAGUUUGACCACUUGGUGCAGGAGCACUUACCAAAGCUUGGAGAGCAUUUUACUAAAGAAAUGAUAAAUCCUAGUAUGUAUGCAAGUCAGUGGUUCAUAACUGUUUUCUCAUACUCUUUUCCAUUCCAUUUGGCUCUCCGAAUUUGGGAUGUCUUCCUUUUUGAGGGUGUUAAGAUUGUUUUCAAAGUUGGUUUGGCCCUCUUAAAAUACUGCCAUGAUGACUUGGUAAAAUUACCCUUUGAGAAACUCAUACAUGCUUUGCGUAACUUCCCCGAGCACUCCAUGGAUCCAGAUACACUAUUGCCAAUGGCUUACUCGAUUAAGGUCUCGAGACGGUUGGAGGAACUGAAGCAUGAGUAUGAUAAGAAGAAUGAAAAAAUUAGCUCAAUCUGCAGAAACUAAUGGAAAAGAGCUGCAAUGAAGGAUCAUCUCUCAGAUUAAGCUCACAACAAUCGAUCUGAUCAAUCUGCACAAUCUAACUUUUACACCAUCAUUAUUUUCAAUUAGCAUUUGUUGAGUUGAUCCUGUAUAUAAAUUUAUUUAUUCACUUUUUAUCAGGUCAAUUUGUAUGGAAAAGGUUCUGUAUCCGGUAUUGUUCAUAUGAAAAAGAAUUUCUUUUCCUGGGUUGAAAGGAGCUGAUAAAAGAGAAUAAUUCCGAAUUAAGUUGUUCAGUUUCCAAAGUUAAUUCUAUUUGGUUUAAAUUUGUUUUGUUUCAA